CAGAACACUUGUAUAUUGUUUGUUUGAGGUUCGUGCCACAGUAACAGACACAGUAUUUAAUUGCACAUACAGAUGUUUGCUGGGUAUAUUCACUGUAAAUUUUAUUUAAUCUGGUUUUUUGUUUGUUUGGGGGUUAUUUGGGGGGAGGUUGGUUUUGUUUUUAAAUAUAAAAAAAAAAAAAAAUCUGUCAUUGGACAUCAGUCACUGUUUCUCUGUUGCCGCCCUGGUAUGGGUAAAGGGUUGCAGGCCCUGGGUAGGUAUAGCCCUACAGCUGUUGGAGGUGUUUGUUGUGGUUUGGGAUGGCUUUCCCUAGCAUACGCACACUAUUUUUAACACCAUUCCCUCUGUCUCAUCCUCUUCACUGUACACGGUUCUGAUAGAUGGCUAGAUCUCUAAUGGGACCAUGGCUUUGGGCUCUCCCAGUUCUGCCACUGUGGUUCAUCGAGCAUAUCACUUCUCAACUCUGGAUCUGUGUCCAUAUCAGUAAGAUAAGAGACUUGGACUUACUAGGUGACCUCUAAGUUUCCUUCCAGACUAUUAAUUCUGUGGUACUGUGUAUUCAUUUAGGGCCCUUGUAGUUGAGUUUUGAGAUAGGGUCUUGCUCUGUCACCCAGGCUGGAGUGCAGUGGCAGAUCUCAGCUGACUGCAGCCACCUCCGUGUUCAAGCGAUUCUUGUGCCUCAGUCUCCUGAGUAGCUGGGAUUACAGGCACGAUCCAACAUGCCUGGCUAAUUUUUUUUUUUUUUUUUUUUUGGUAUUUUUGGUAGAGACAGGGUUUUACCAUGUUGCCCAGGCUGGUCUUGAACUCCUGGGCUCAAGUGAUCUCCCGCCUUGGCCUCCUAAAGUGCUGGGAUUACAGGCAUGAGCCACCACUCCCAGCCCAGCUCAUCUUCUGAAAACCGUUUAGGGAUGAAGAACUUGGGCCUUUCUUUCUUUUUUUUUUUUUUUUUGAGACAGAGUCUCGCCCUGUCGCUCAGGCUGGAGUGCAGUGGCGUGGUAUCUCGGCUCACUGCAACCUCCGCCUCCCGAGUUCAAGCAGUUCUCCUGCCUCAGCCCCCCGAGUAGCUGGGACUACAGGCGUGCCCCACCGUGCCCAGCUAAUUUUUGUAUUUUUAGUUGAGAUGGGGUUUCACCAUGUUGGCCAGGCUGGUCUCGAACUCCUGACCUUGUGAUCCACCCGCCUCGGCCUUCCAAAGUGCUGUGAUUACAGGCGUGAGCCACCGUGCCUGGCUGCCUUUCUUUAAUCCUAAAGCUGGAGGAUUGGGUUUUACCUGUCGGGGACAAAAGCAGAUGUUUAUUACAAUGAAAGCUACAGCAACUGAACUCGCAGUGCCAAGAUGCUGUAUUAUCCAGACAUGCUCAGCAGUCCCUGUCCUAUGUGGCUGAAAAAAGUUGAAGAGCACAAGUCAUCUUGCCUGCAAGAUGGAGCUUUUCCUUUAGAGCAUCUCAAAGCAAGCCCUGUUGUUCUGCAGCCUGUCAGAGCAGGGCCAUUAAAGAACCUGCAGAGUCAGAACCAUCCUGCACCCCUUUUUCAAACUCCCCCCUUAAAUAGAAAAAAAAAGUAGUGGGUGAGAAUGACAAAGCACGUUGCCCUGGAAAUCUCUUGGGUCCAAGUAGCUGUAUCCCUAACCAUGAUCCUACAGGAGCUUGCCUGACCCAGUCUCCAACACAGUCCUUUAUUUCUUACAGAUACAAGGAAUAAAGCAGCACUGCAUUGCCACCUCUAAAUUGCUCUCCCCUGAGAUGGGAGUAUCUCCUCUUUCAUCCAUGUCACAGCCCAAAGAGUAAGAGAAGGGUGCACCCCUGUGAGAUGAGAAUGGCAUCUGUCUCUUUGAUCCAUCAGUUAUAUACUGAGGCAUCAAAGGUGGGAGAUGGAAUCAGGGAAUCAAAAGGGUUUAGGAAGUGUGAGGGUUGGCCAUCCUACCUUUAAGAGUUUGCAGUUCUCAUGAGGAAGGGGACAUUACUUAGAAAUGAUUUAAAAAAUUCCUUAUGUGGCAGCUGUAUGCUUCUGUCCAGUGUUAACUGGCCCUUUUUAAUAGCCCUGGUAAUUCCCUUCACUCUGAGGACAAAAUUUUACAAGAAGGAGGGUGGGGAGAUGUCUCUGGGAGCUGCUGGAGGGAAUGAAGCAAUACUACAUAUUCUUCACUUUCUUACAGGAUAGCAAAGUACUCCUCCAACCACCCACAGAUAAAAAGCAAUCUAGGCAUGCACGGUGGCUCACACCUCUAAUCCUAGCACUUUGGGAGGCCGAGGCAGGCGGAUCACCUGAGGUCAGGGGUUCGAGACCAGCCUGGCCAAAAUGGUGAAACCCCAUCUGUACUAAAAAUACAAAAAUUACCUGGGCAUGGUGGUGGGCGCCUGGAAUCCCAGCUACUCAGGAGGCUGAGGCAGGAGAAUCGCUUGAACCUGGGAGGUUGCAGUGAGCCCGGAUCGCUUCAUUGCACUCCAGCCUGGGUGACAAGAGCAAGACUCCAUCUCAAAAAAAAAAAGCCACCUAGUAUGGCUGAUAGGAGAGCUCUAUGAGUUCAAAUUAAUCUUUUUUUACCCUGUCUCAAAAAAUAAAUGAAAAAUAAAAAUAAACUCCCCUUAAAUGUUAAAUGAGUGUGAACAGAAACUGUCCCUUCCUGAAUUCAGCCAUUAUUCACCUGUUCGCCUUAGAUGAAGAAUCAAGAAACAGCAGCUCUGGGGGGAUGGGAGGAGUUAGGGUCCGGCCCUGCCCCAGACCUCUCAGUGUCCAAUUUCUCUGUGUCAGCUGUGUUUCUCAGCUGUCCACUCUCCUCCAGCCCUGUCAUUUCAGCCCUGACACCAAGGCAGGAGGCUAGGAGGUCUACAAAUAGUGACUGGGCAGCUGGUGUGAACACAGAGGGUACUGGGGGGGCUUAGCCCCCAAGGAAGAGGACCAAUUUUUCCCCAGCACCACCAUCAAGGCCUCGGGGCUCCCAGCUCCCUCUACAGACUGUGGACUGACUUAGGGAAUCCCGAACCCUCCCCUUUGAGGACCACCCUACUGCAAGGGACAGAAAUAAGGGAGAGAAGAAUGAAAGGGAUUAGAUUUCAUAGUGGGGUCCAACCUCUUGCAGGAUGACAGAAAAGGAGGUGCUGGAGUCCCCUAAGCCCUCCUUCCCAGCAGAGACUCGGCAAAGUGGGCUACAGCGGCUAAAGCAGUUACUCAGGAAGGGUUCUACAGGGACAAAGGAGAUGGAACUUCCCCCAGAGCCCCAGGCCAAUGGGGAGGCAGUGGGAGCUGGGGGUGGGCCCAUCUACUACAUCUAUGAGGAAGAGGAAGAGGAAGAAGAGGAGGAGGAGGAGCCACCCCCAGAACCUCCUAAGCUGGUCAACGAUAAGCCCCACAAAUUCAAAGAUCACUUCUUCAAGAAGCCAAAGUUCUGUGAUGUCUGUGCCCGGAUGAUUGUUCUCAACAACAAGUUUGGGCUUCGCUGUAAGAACUGCAAAACCAACAUCCAUGAACACUGUCAGUCCUAUGUGGAAAUGCAGAGAUGCUUCGGCAAGAUCCCGCCUGGUUUCCAUCGGGCCUAUAGUUCCCCACUCUACAGCAACCAGCAGUACGCUUGUGUCAAAGAUCUCUCUGCUACCAAUCGCAAUGAUCCUGUGUUUGAAACCCUGCGCACUGGGGUGAUCAUGGCAAACAAGGAACGGAAGAAGGGACAGGCAGAUAAGAAAAAUCCUCUAGCAGCCAUGAUGGAGGAGGAGCCAGAGUCGGCCAGACCAGAGGAAGGCAAACCCCAGAAUGGAAACCCUGAAGGGGAUAAGAAGGCUGAGAAGAAGACACCUGAUAACAAGCACAAGCAGCCUGGCUUCCAGCAGUCUCAUUACUUUGUGGCUCUCUAUCGGUUCAAAGCCCUGGAGAAGGACGAUCUGGAUUUCCCGCCAGGAGAGAAGAUCACAGUCCUUGAUGACUCCAAUGAAGAAUGGUGGCGGGGGAAAAUUGGGGAGAAGGUCGGAUUUUUCCCUCCAAACUUCAUCAUUCGGGUCCGGGCUGGAGAACGUGUGCACCGCGUGACGAGAUCCUUCGUGGGGAACCGCGAGAUAGGGCAGAUCACUCUCAAGAAGGACCAGAUCGUGGUGCAGAAAGGAGACGAAGCGGGCGGCUACGUCAAGGUCUACACCGGCCGCAAGGUGGGGCUGUUUCCCACCGACUUUCUAGAGGAGAUUUAGGCGUGCGGGCUUCUGCAAGCGGGAGACACCCACACCCCAUUCUGGGCGGGCCCAGUGGAGUUUGGGGAGUGGGGCGAAAGCAACGGGACUGCUGGGAGAGGAGGGGUAGGAAGGCCCGCCUGAGCGCGACGGGGCUUCCAGGAAGGGACUGGUUCUCGCCCGCUUCCCCAGCCUGGGGCCUCGCAUACCUGCUCCCCAGAGCAGCCCGGACCCGAAACCUUUCAGGCCCCGCUUGCAAGAGCUGGAAAAAAAUGCGUAUCUACUAGGAGGAGCGAGGGACUGGGGCAGGGGGCGGGGGCGAGCGAACUGUCGAAUGUUGCAAAUUUAUUAAACUUUUGACAAAACUUAGAAAA